AUGCACGCAAGAGACUGGUUACUAGCAUUCAUUGGUAUUUUUCUCCCUUUUGUCCCUGUUGCGAUGAAGAGGGGACUCUGUUCUGCUGACUUUUGGAUCAACAUUGCCCUCUGCUUUUUGGGAUUUCUUCCUGCUCUCGUUCAUUGUUGGUACAUCAUUUCGUGUUAUCCCCAUGAACAGAGCAGCACCUACCAAGGAGUCACCAUGCCAGGCCGGGAACCUCAAUCGUAUGGUGCAGUAUCUGUAUAA